ACCCCACAUCUGGAGAAGCUGGCAGCCUCUGGCAUGACCUUCACCCAGUGGUACUCGACCUUCCACGUAUGCAGCCCCAGUCGCGCCAGCAUGAUGACAGGCCGCUACAGUGUGCGCUCUGGCAUUGGAAUCGCUCCUGGGGUGCGUGCCUUAUCUUCGAGCAUCUACCCCGCCCAGGCUGUCGGUGGUCUGCCCUUGAACGAAACGACCAUGGCCGAGGCUUUGAAGGAAGCGGGCUACGCAACUGCCGCCAUUGGCAAGUGGCACUUGGGCCAACGCGAAAUCUUCUUGCCCACCAACCAGGGCUUUGACGAGUACCUUGGCAUCCCCUUUAGCCAAGACAUGGGCCUCUCCUUUUGGUUCCUCAACAAUUUGCAACCCGUCGAGCCGUACCAGCCUGUCCCUCUACCUUUGCUUGACGGCACCGAUGUCAUUGAACAACCAGUGGCUCUCAGCAAUCUUGUCCACCGCUAUAUCGAGCGCGCCACCGACUUUAUCAAGCGCAGUCACGAAAGCGACACCCCCUUCUUCCUCUAUCUUCCCUUUAAUCACGUGCAUGCACCCAAUUCGUGCAGCCCCAAGUUCUGUGGCUCGUCAGAGCAGGGUGCUGUGGGUGAUGCCGUCCAGGAGAUGGAUUGGGCCAUUGGCCGGAUCAUGAGCUAUCUCGAAAAACUGGGUCUGGAAAAUGACACGCUUACUUUCUUCACCAGCGACAACGGUGCUCCGCUGCUGCAAGAUGGUGCCGGAAACGGUGUGCUGCGCGACGGCAAGGCCAGCAUGUGGGAAGGCGGCUUCAAGGUCCCCGCUCUGGCCCACUGGCCCGGCAUGAUCAAGGGCAACCAAGUCUCCCACGAGCUCACGUCCACCGCCGACAUCUACCCCACCCUCAUGCACUUUGCCGGAGUGCCUCUGCCCAGCGACCGAGUGUAUGACGGCAUCGACCUCUCGGAUGUCCUGCUGGGCAAGGAAGGGGCCAAGGGCCACGAAUGCAUCAUGUUCUACCACAAUGCCGUGGCUGCCAAUGCCUCGGGCGAGCUCUACGCUGUGCGCUGUGGAGACAUGAAAGUGUACUGGGCCACCGCCUCCACCACAAGUCAGCCUUGGGCUGAUGGUCCUCAAGAGCCCCCCCUCGUGUUCAAUCUGACCGCGGAUCCCGGUGAGACGACCCCUCUGACGGCUUGGACAGAGGAGUACGGGGCCACUCUGGGCGUCUUGACGGCAGCCAAGGAGGCCCACUUGGCCACCAUUACUCCAGUCCCCGAUCAAAACGCGCUGGGUUCGCUUCCCACCUACACCAUUUGUGGCGAACCCAACUCGCAGACAGUCUUUGCUCGCUUCCCAGCUUGCACUACCACGCCCCAGAACUGGCAUCCUAUCGAUGUGUGCAACAGCCAAGUCUGCCUUGAAGCCAACGUCCAGUUUGCCGCCAAUUGCGACAAAACCAUGCCAGCACUCGAGCUGGCGCGCAACCUGACCGCACCAGCCUCGAGUUAG